AUGCAACUGAGAAGUAGAAAUCUGUUGAGCGCGUCAGGGCAGCCAAGACGACUCAAAGACGAACAUGAUAGUAGCCGUUCUCUUGGCAUCCACAUCAAGCAAGAAGCUACAGAGAAACCCGAUUCUUCACUUCGAGCUGCUCCAGUGGUAGACCCAUUCCUAAACAGAGACUAUUACUACUUUUGUAAUGUGUGCAAUGUAGAGAUGCCCAGCUUGAAAGUGAUAUUGAAGCAUCGCAAAAAGGUACACCCAGCUCUCGCCAAGAACAGAAGGCCAAUCAAAUACGUCAACCGAGAGCCAAACAUCAAUCAUCCUAAACACUAUUGCAGAUCAUGCGCUCACAAGUUUGCGAAGAAAGUUGGGUACAGGCAACAUCUACGGGAUUGCCAUCAUAUGAUAUUGAAGACACAACAAGCAGUAAGACAGAAUGGCAUCCUUCCAGACUGGGACAACCCAAAAUUUUACUGCAAGCCCUGUGGACGCAGAUACAGGUCAAAGUAUAACUACUGGAUACACUGUAGGAAGACACACAACAUGGAGCGCCCUCAAAAGAUGCCUUUAAAAGCCCAGUUACCUGAUUUCCAUGAUCCCAACCUCUAUUGCAGAGUGUGCAAUGUAACUCAAAAAUCGCCACGAAAGUACAGAGCACAUUGCCAUUACCAACAUCAAAUGAAAUAUCAAGCGCCUGAUCCAGACUCAAAAGCCGCCGAUGACACUUACUGCAGCCUUUGCGACAAGAUGCUCUGUAGUAAAACCAGUUUCCAGAUUCAUGUGUUCAUCCAACACGGCGUAGAAAACGAAGCAGCCUACUUGGAGAGAAUCAAGCUAAAACCAGACAUCAACAACCCCGAUCGUUACUGCUGCAAUUGUGAUAUGACGCUUGCAAACCAAAGGGCCUUUGAAGAGCACAUGCUGGCUGUUCAUUCUCUAAGCAAAAAACCGCCCCCAAAGGAAGGACCUGUGCCUGACGUGGAUGAUCCAAACAACCACUGCCUUGUAUGCGAUUAUACGUAUACGUCAAAAUUAGGUUAUCAUUUGCAUAUUCGAAAAAUUCAUCAUAUGGUAGUAAAGCGAACUUUUCUGCAGGAUCCCAACCAUCUUCCGGAUCCUUUGGAUCCAAAUAACUAUUGCUCUGUAUGCAAAAGUCAAUUUCCUAACAGGACGCGCUACAGAUGCCACUGCAGGAGUGUCCAUCGUAUGGUAUUUCCCAAGAUCCCAAAGAUCAAUGUAAAUCCAGACGCCAAGAUUGAUAUUCAUCACCCCAAGCUAUAUUGUGCAAAAUGCAAUCACUAUUAUGUAAGCCGUGGAGCAUUUUGGGCUCACAUCAGAAAGUAUCAUGUUUUCCAGUCAGCUAGUAAAGAAGAAUAUGUUGCCCAGACGAUCCCUGCAGAUUCACCGGCUGAACGUGUUUAG